AUGUCCGACUCAAAAUCAUCCUUCCACCCUGCUUUCGCUGUUUCCAAUAUCCGUAAUCACAUUCCUGUUGUUCUUGAAAUGGAGAAUGCACAAUACGGUACAUGGGCGGAAUUGUUUAAAAUCCACGCCAAAUCCCAUAAGGUCAUACACCAUAUCAUCGCACCAGAGAAAGGGAAGCAGGCAGCCCCUCCCUCCGAUGAAGAAAAAGAGCUUUGGUCGACCCUUGAUGCGACUGUGCUCCAGUGGAUUUAUUCCACGAUUUCGAAUGACCUCCUUACUACUAUUCUUGAACCUGAAGCAACGGCCAUGGAGGCCUGGGUUCGUUUGCGUGACAUCUUCCAGGACCAUCAAAAAUCCCGUGUCGUCAUGCUCGAACAAGAGUUUUCCACAACUAGGAUGGAAGACUUCCCAAAUGCGUCUGCGUAUUGUCAAAGGCUCAAGAGCAUCUCCGAUCAAUUAAAGAAUGUGGGGGCUCCGGUUUCCAAUUCCCGACUUGUUCUUCAACUUGUUUCGGGUCUCACCGAAGCAUUCAAGGGUGUGGGAACGCAGAUUCAUCACAGCAAACCAUUGCCUCUAUUCACCGAGGCGCGCUCAUCACUCGUUCUGGAGGAACGAGAACAGGCGAUGCAGGCGGCCCACACUACUCCUUCGGCGAUGGUGGCUGCCACAGGUGGUGAGGGUUUCGCUCCUUUUUUUGAUAAUACUCACUCGUCUGGUCAUGUUGUGAAUAACAGGGGCAGAAAUAACAACAACAAAGGCCGCAAUUCUGGCCGUCGGAACGACAAUAGCCGUGGAAACGGUGGCGGCAAAGACAGUCGUGGUGGCAGCCGUGGUCACAGCGGCGGAACUCCCCAGCCACCGCCAGGCAGCUGGCCGCGUUACCUUUCCCCUCACCCGUGGCAGCUUCCAAAUUAUGCAUGGGGAUGGAUGCCACAAUGGGUCGUUCCUCCUUGCCCGUAUCCGUCAACUUGGCCGACGUCUUCGCAAGGCCCCUUGGCCAAACAGCCGGGCAUACUAGGGCCUGCUCCCCAACCUCCGCAGCAGGCGUUUGCUGCUGCCCCGUAUCAGCAGAUGUAUGCCCCGUCAUAUGCUCCAACCGACAUCGAAUCAGAAAUGCAUAUGAUGACUAUGAAUCCUCCGUAUUAG